AGAAGAACAGAAGCAGACUGAGAUAAAACCGAGCAGCGUUUUUUAAAAAUCAUGAAUGAAUUAAAUGAAAGCGAUUUAUUAUUUAUUGAGAAAUUUUUAAGUUCUUUUCAAACUUUAGGUGGUAAUGAAUCAGGGUUGAUUGAUUACAAUCAUUUCAAAUCACUUUUCUUACAAAAAUUCAAAGAAGAUGGCAAAGAAGCCUUGCAGUGUUUAGAGGCUGAAAAAUGCGUUGAUACGGAUAGCUUUGAUUUUAUAAAAUUAUGUAAAAUUAUUUUAAUGACAAAAGCUGCCUUCAACAAAGUUUCAGUUGAAAAUAAGAGAAUUCUUCCUUCAAGUCCCAGAAUUAACACCCACACCUAUACCAAAAAACGAGCAAAUGCUGUCACAUCAAGAAAAGUUGAAAAAAUUACAAGUCCUAAGAAACGUUUCACUCACAAAAUCAAAGGAACGUUGUACAAUUUAAUUGAAGAUUGCUUUUCAAACAGGUACCUGCUAGACAUUGCAGAAAACACUGAUGUAGAGAUUUUAGUGAAGCCUGUUUCACAUUUAGAAGGUGGACAGACAUUGUAUCCGGUUGAAGUAUUGGUUCUUCCACAGGAAGGUCCAGGUCUUAUUUCUUGUUCCACUGCAGUAAACUUGGAAGGAUUUUGUACUACAAAUGCAAGCUUGAAAAAAGGGAAGUACACAGUUGUUCCGGUUCUUUUGAAUUGGGCUGCCGAAGCGAGCCAUUUGGCCGAUAACGGUUUUUUCGAGUCCUUGACCGAAUUGUACGAGGAUGAGUCUACAUUUAACUCUGCAUUAGUCAUCAUUUUACAAGCCAUAUUUUGCUCGGUUGACCUGGAUGAAGAUGGUUUCUUGAAUCGCCAGGAGUUUGAUUUAUUUGCUGAAUACGUAUUAGGAGAACAUGCUGAAGAAUGGUCUGUGAAAAUAGAUGAUCGACUAUCUUUCAGUGAAUUUGUUGAGGAGUGCAAAUUUGUCUUGGAGACGGAUCCUUCUAGAUUCUUACACAUGUUCCAGCAAAUGGGAAUAGAUGGCUCUUUGAAGCAAAAGAAUGCGCAGUCUUUCACGUUAAUAAUCAACUCCACUUCUUCUAAGUUGGCUCUGAGACCUUUGUCUAUAGCAGCAUACAGCAGCCUUGCAGAAAAAUAUUUUAAGAAAAUAGCUGUAGAGAAAGGGUCCUCGAAGAAAGUGAAGAAUAUGAAUGAUUUGGUGUUAUAUACUCACAAGUUACCACACAGAGCAACAAUGGUUAUCCAAAAUCAGAAGCAAUAA